AUGAUCAACGGCACACAAGAAGUCCUUCCACCUGGAAUUAAUGAAUCAUUAUUCAAUGAGUCUAAGAACAGCCCGUGUUCUCCCCCUGAAUUUUGGGAUUCAUUUAACACAAUCCAGACCCCAUUCCUCUGGAUCAUCUUUAUAAUGACCACAGUCGAAAACAUGUUUGUUCUCAGUGUUUUCUGUUUGCACAAAAGUAGUUGCACAGUGCCUGAAAUUUACCUGGGGAAUUUAGCUGCAGCUGACCUGAUUUUAGGUGUUUGUCUCCCUUUCUGGGCCAUUAACAUUGCCAACAACUAUGACUGGUCCUUUGGAGAGAUUCUCUGUAAAGUGGUGAACUCCACUAUGUGCAUGAACUUGUAUAGCAGCAUUUUCUUCUUGAUGUUGGUGAGUAUUGACCGAUACCUGGCUCUGGUGAAAACCAUGUCUAUGGGUCGAAUGCGAGGUACCUGCUAUGCCAAAUUCUACAGUUUCAUCAUAUGGCUUUUUACAUUGAUCAUAAGUUGCCCUAUGUUGAUUUUUCGUUCCCUCAUGGACUAUGACGAGGAGGGCCACAACAUCACUAUUUGUUUCAUCGACUACCCAUCACCUAAAUGGGCAGUCUUCAACAAUGUUCUCCUGAAUGUCGUAGGCUUUGUGCUGCCUCUCUGUGUCAUCUCUUUCUGCACUGUGAAAAUCAUCCAUGUUCUUCAGAACAAUGAAAUGCAGAAAUUCAAGGCAAUCCAGAGAGAGAAGAAGGCUACCAUCCUUGUCCAGGUGGUCCUUCUGUUCUUCAUCAUCUGCUGGCUCCCUUUCCAGAUCAGCACACUGAUGGAUACCUUCUAUAAGCUGGACUUCAUCUCAGACUGUCAGACUAAAAUAAUUUUAGAUGUGUUUACACAGAUAGGAACAUAUGUUGGUUGUAGCAACAGCUUCCUGAACCCUCUGGUAUAUGUGAUUGUGGGGAAAAGGUUCCGGAAGAAAUCUAAGGAGGUUUACAAGAGAUGGUUCAAGAUUGGGUGGUGCCAAUCAGACUCAAUCCAAACAGAAAAUUCAAUGAGCACUUUGAAGACCUCCAUAUCAGUGGACCGUCAGAUUAAUAAAAUACAUAGGCAUCUAGAGGGUACUCGGUAAUCUGUUCUAUUUUAUUUUUAAAAGACUGUAAAGCUAUGACCUUACCUAUGUUCAUGAGCCACUCUCAAUAUGUACUAGCUACAGUUGGAGUCAGUAGAAAAGCUUGUUUUUUCUGGAGGUGCAAGAGCAGUGAAGAGAGGGGGGAAAGUAGCAACAGGUCACCCAACUCUACAUCCACCUGACCCCUCAUCUCCCCUGCCCCUGUACAACAUCAUGGAACCUCAGAAGAAAUCCUAGGCCUGGAAGUUCUCAUGCCUUUUCAAUGACAGAGCAGUCACUUCCCAGUAGGGAAUUGGCCAAAUUAUUUUCCCUCAGUUUUUGAAUCUGGCUAUUGUUUGUAAGGAUGAGAUCCUUAACUAAUUAAGGCUCAUCUCCAAGCUCAAUGAAGAAGUUGUUUGGGAUAAAAGAAAUGAGGGGAAGAGAG